UUCUACCCUCCAUGUAAUCAAAUAUCGCGCGGCCACUCGAGCGGUAUGUUUGGAGCUGAGAGCGCAGAAACAGCGCUCGGCAGAGUCAGCGGUCUGAGUUUACACAAGGCGAGAACCGUGUUCCGCUUUAAGAAUGCAGUCAGGCCCGUGGAAGCGAUACCGGCCCCAGCACUUCCUGUAGCACUUUGCAGUUACAAAUUACAAGACAAUUUAUCAGAACAGUGCCUGUAGCUGAUUCAGAUGGACUGGAAUCAAGUGGACAGGUCAAACCAGGACUCACAGCUUCCUGCUCCAUGCGCACUCUGGCCAGUGGACCUAAAGUUGACACACAUUGACUGCAAUCCUAGGGAUACGUUGGUACACUUUCAAGGUCAAUAUGUUACCAUCUGUGAACUGGACUACAACAUUCUUCAAGUGGAAAUUCAGAAUGCCCUCAAAACAAAGGCAUCUGUGGCUGUGGGAGAAUUCUGUUUAGUGGAAGAUAUCAUUUCUAAUCGGUGGUACAGAGGAAGAGUUCAGAACAAACAGAGAGGUUUGUUCGAUGUGUUCUUGCUCGAUUAUGGUAACGUCCUCACAGUUAAUGGUGACCAUUUGUCUGCUAUUUCAGAUGCCUUACUCUUGCUCCCACCUAAAAUCGUUGGUGGGUUCUUUGCUAAUGUGCUACCGGUUCGAGAAUGUUGGGACUCAGUGUCAGAAAAAUAUUUUUUCUCCUUGAUAGGCACUCAUAUCAAAGGAUACAUCCAUGCUUUUCUGCCGUAUAAAUUCCUUAUACUUGAAGCACCAGAAGUAACCAAAGAUUUAAUAAAACUAAGCUUAGGCAGACAUGUUGAUACUGACACCUUUCUGUUGCUGGUGGAAAUGCUGGUAGAAGUACCGGUCCAACAAAGUGGCGAGUCAGUCCCAGAUUUGCUGAUUCAGAAGCAAACUGCACAAAAGUUUUCCUUUAGAUCUUCAAGUUCAAAGAGUUUUGUAAACAUUCUUUCAUUCAGUGACUCAAAAUUUGUUGGUGGGCAAAAGGAAAGAGCCAGGAUAACAGCUGCGGUAAACCCUGGAUUAUUUUACUGUCAGCUUUCAUCUGUGGCAAAGGAUCUGCAGGAGUUGUCUGAAAAAUUGGCAGCUGUGUGCGAGUCGAAGAGCAGUGACUGCAGAGCUAAGCCAGCUGAAAAUUUGGGUUUACUCUGUGCAGUCAGAGGGAAAGACAAGAAGUGGCACAGAGGUUUUGUGCAGUGUCUACCUGUCAACUCUCAAGUUAAAGUUGUGUUUGUCGACUAUGGAUAUUGCGAAUCUGUAAAAGCUGAAAAUGUCCUUCAGCUGCCAUCGGAUUUUCUUCUGACGCCAAUCAUGGCUCGUCCGUGUUCGCUUUCUUGUUUGAAUACCAAAGAUGAAGACACAAAGCGCCAGCAACUGGGGAUUCUCAGAAAUGCAUUAUUAGGCAGGGAGCUGGAGUUUACAGUUGAUGGUUUCAAUAAAGAGAGGAAUGUCUUUGCAGUUACUCUCCACAGUGUUGAUGGACACUCACCUAUCAGAACCUUGCUGUCUGGUGAACUGACAAAUGGUGUUCUUAAGAGUGAGCACAGCUUGAAUUGCUAUCCGGUGCAGUGCACAGAUGAAAAAAAAAAGGUGAAAAUCUCAGAGGAUGUCUUCCCUGUUGAAGAAAUACAAGAUGGCUCUGUUUUUGAGGGUUAUGUGGAGCACGUCCAGAAUCCAAAUGACUUCUGGAUUAGAAAAGCAGGGCGUAACGACAGUUUUGAGGAUAUGAUGAAGAAACUGACCGCUUACUUCAGUGGAUUACAACUGCAUGAGGAAAUUCUUGACGAUCCUGUACCUGGUGUUCUUUGCGGUGCAAUGUAUGAAAAAGACAUGAAUUACUAUAGAGCUGUUGUGGUAGAUGCUCUUGAAAACGGUGCUGAGGUUUUCUUUUUUGACUUUGGAAACACAGAAAAGGUGCCAAGCAUGGUAAUAAAGAAACUGCCCUGGGAAUUUGCUGUGGAACCACAGUUUGCAUUCAAUUGUUCCUUAGGUCAUGUGACCCCAGACGAUGAUUGCUGGACAGUGGCAGCAACUGAUUUCUUCAGGAAAGUCACUUCAAAUAAAGCCCUCCUGGUUCAUGUCAUACACAAGCGAAAUGACACAUUCAUUGUGGAGUUGUAUGAGAGUGGGACAGAGAAAAAUGAGAGCAUCGCAGCCCUUAUGACAAGGGCAAAUACAGCAGGAUACUGGACAUUUAACAUGGCAGAAGCACCUGUUAAACCUGUAAAAGAAAAUGAAACAAACAAGAAGAAAUAUCAGAAUUUCAGUAGAGAUGUGUGUCAAAGCCUUAAUGGCAAAGAGAGACACCAAAAACAUUUGGAAGAGCAAGUUAACACUCUGAAACACUCUGAAGCCAAUUCUGUAGAAAUGUUUAGACACCAAAAAAUUCUGCCUGGAUCCGAAUUAAGUGUUUUGUGCUCGCAUGUCACUUCACCUUCAGAUUUUUGGUGUCAAAACAAGAAACAAAAAGCUGACUUGGACAGAUUAAUGGAGAAGUUACAGGAUUUUUACCAUACAACCACUCCUGGACUGCAGCCACAUAGUUCAUGUUGUGUUGUUAAGUUGCAACAGGAUAAUAAAUGGUACAGGGGAUACACACUUGAAGUUAAGAAUGAGGAGGCUGAAGUGAUCCUAGUUGACUAUGGCAAGGUUGUCAAAGAAAGGUUGGACAACGUUCGAGCACUAAUGCCGGAGUUCCUUGAACUUGAAGGACAAGCAUUCAGAUGCAGUUUGUACAACUUAAUUGAACCAGAUGGAGAAAGUGUGUGGUCCACAGAAGCUUGCACCUUAUUCAAAGAUUUUGUUUCCAGAGAUUCAUCUAAGCUGAGAAUCAAAAUUUUUUCUCAGCUCUUUAUGAUAAAUAAGGGCUUCUGCAAUGUUGUUGACCUGCAGACAUCUCUUCAGUGGGCUACUGCGCAUCUUGUGGAAAAGGGUGUUGCAGUAGAAAUGAAGUGUCCAAAGCAACUGGUUCCAUCUGCUUAUCCUUGCUCUUUUGUUUAUUCUUCAUUCAACAUUGGCAUUGGAAGUAAGGAGUUGGUGUACGUUACUCAUGUUGUCAGUCCUUGGGAAAUCUAUUUCCAGCUGGACACAAACUGUGCAAUCAUUGAUGAGCUAAUGGAGAGAACUACUAAAGAAAGUGAGGAAUUGUUGAGUCGGCCACAUUGUGCUGAAAGUGGCACUGUUUGCUUGACUAAAUACUUUGGUGAUGGCAAGUGGUACAGGUCAUUGACUUGGCCUGCUCCGUCCAGUCAGCACUUGAAUGUGUUUUUUGUAGACUACGGGAACAAACAGGUUGCUGAAAAACGCAAUGUCUUGCCCAUCUCCAGGAACGCAGUUGAUUUACUAUUGAUUCCAAUGCAAGCUCUGAGGUGCAGUCUCUCAGGUAUUCCAAAAGAUGAACAUUUGCCUGAAGUCAAUGCAUGGCUUGAGAAGACCAUUACCAACAAGGAACUUCAAGCGAAAUUUGUAGCAAAAAAUGACAUUGGACAUUUCAUCUGUGAUCUAUUUGAUGGAAACAUGCACAUCAAUGAGAAGAUCAAAGAGCUUUUUGAAAUUCAGAGACCAAAGGAUAGUGCUUCUCGUGGAAAUUGUCAUUGCAAAGAAGGCUUGAACGUGUCCUUAAAUUUAGGUUUUAAGGCCACAAAAAAUUGUCACAUGGAAACUGUGGUCAAAUUAAAGAGAGAAUCAGACCAUAGUAAAGUCACACAGGGGAAUAGGCAGUCUAGCCAGAAGAAAUCCUCUAAAUUCAGACCCUCCCUUUUAAGCCACAUUCUGAAUUGUAGCUUCUCAAAAGAUAACCAGAGCAAAGAGAACUACAAACGGAAACAUAAAGGACAAAUCAGUAGAACUGUGCAAAGGGAAAAGUACCACAGUCCACGCACCUCCAAUGUACAGGCCUCCAAGAUGUUGCCAAAAAUGGGCGACCUACCAGAUGUCAAGAUGGAGCCAGGUUUUAGAGGUGUGGGGUUCAUUUCACAUUGUGACUCUUCUGAAAAAUUCUUCAUUCAGAUGGACCAUGAUGAACAAACCAUCCUUAAAAUAGCAGAGGAACUAAACAGCAGCUUUUUCACAAAAAACAUGGAAAACGUAACAUCCAGUGUAAAUGUAGGUGAUCUUGUUGCAGCGAAGUUUGAAUAUGACCUGGCUUUAUAUCGAGCUCAUAUCACCGAUGUGGCAUCCAGCGGUGCCCUGACAGUUGAGUUUAUUGACUAUGGAAAUACAGCAACUGUUGACAGGAUGAACAUUCACCUGCUGGCAAGCCAGUUUUUGUCUCAUGCGAGGUUAAGCAUCCCUUGUAUGCUAUCAAAAUCUUACAAAUUUGAGGAUGCUGAGUGUUUAAUCCAGGAAGCUCAUUGUAAACCCCUGGCAGUUCAGUUUGUGCAGAAUCAUGGCUAUGCAUGGGAGGUGUGCAUUGAGAUUUUUGAUCCUUUGCAUGCCAGUGAUGUGAAAGGUGAGAAGGUUCUAGCUAUAGCCCAGUGUAAAUCAAGGCAAGAGCUUCCUAUAGCAAAAACGGUAACUAAAGAUGAGGAACAUAACCACACUUCCCUCUCAAGUGUCUGUGAAAAAAACAAUGCAGAAAUGUUCAGCAUAACACAAGAAGCCAAAACAGUCACACAAACAUGUGCACUUAAUUUUAGAACACAAAAAAACAAGGUGGUCAAACAGAAAAGCUUUAGGAGAAGAAAGGAAAUGAAAGUUGCAGAUGAUAUGCAGAAACUACAAACAAAGAGAAAACCUAAGUAUACCUACAAAGACCAAGAUAACGAGAAUCAAUACAGAUCAUUUGUUAAGGUUCCAGAAAGUGUAGGCAUGGAUGAACAGGAUGUUGGGGUAAAAGACGGUCUGCCAGUUUUAGAUAAGCCAACAUUAGUAGACACUUGCCCAGAGGACCUUAUGGCUAACAAGGAUCAGACAGAGCAGCUCUUCCUAGCACCUGUUAAAGUUGACUUUGAAUACUCAGGAUUUGCAGCAGCAGUCACCACACCUGGUGAAUUUUAUAUUAUUCUUGAGGACUUGCUUCUUACCAUGAAUGCUGUAUCAGACAUCCUUGAGAACCUGCCAGAAGUGUUGUCUUCAUUGCCAGAAAGUAAUUUGAUUUCUGGCACAGGCUGUUUGGUGAGGUCCGGUGAGAAAAACAAAUGGUGCAGAGCAGAGAUAGUGCAGUGUAAUGACGUUUCAGUGAUCAUAAAUCUGGUCGAUUAUGGACAUUAUUCGCAUUUUUCUCACCAAGAUGUCAACAAACUUAAAAGACUUCCAGUUGAACUUGCUAGAUUGCCGAAGAUCACUUACCCCUGCUCAUUGAGAGGAAUCAAGCCAGCCGUGGAGAAUCAGUGGUCUGACCAUGCUGUCAUCUUUUUCCAGGAAUGUCUGUGUCAAAAAAAUCUACACAUAUACUUCAGACAGUAUGUUUCAGAGGCACAGUGGGAGGUUGAUGUUAUCACAGGAGGCAAAAAUAUUGCCAAAGAGCUUGUUGAUGCUGGUCAUGCAUGUUACAUAGACAGUGUGCUUGGAAUCAGGUUCCAGCAAAGGCUAAGCCAUAAAACAGUGUCUCACAAUAUCGCCAACAUCAUGAUCAAUGUUCCUGAACUUUUACUCAACGACCAUGAACAAACACAAUGCAAAAACGAGGAACUGCCUCAAGGAAAUUUGGAUGCAUGGUCAGCUGAUAAUGUGGUCACGUUCAAUGAAGAAAUGUCCCAAGGCUGUAAGAGAGAGGGAAGUAAAAUCUGCCACUUUGAAUCUGGACAGAUGACACAUCAUGGUUCAUCAUCUGGCUUAAGACAAUGCAUGCUGAUGUGAGGGACACCGUAAUUUUUGCAUACAAAGUCGUUGGAAACCUACCUAAUAUGGAGACUUUAGAAACAACAGAAGCUCCAAAAACCUAAAUAGGAUUUUUUUUUGUUUAACACCUUUUAUUGGGUCGUCAUUGAUGAAAAAGAAAAUUGCUCCGCAUUGUUAGUGUGUCCCUACAAAGGUGCACAUUCUAGGUGAACAUCUUUCUUGCAACAGAUUGAAAAAUACUUGGAAUGCUUUUUCUAUUUUACCAUGCCAUAUAUAAUGGAUGCCAAAAAAUCUGAAAAUAACCAUCUGUGCGACUGCUACAUUAACCUGCAGUAAUUGAUAGACAUGGAUCAGUGCAGAUUGAGGUCCCAAGUGGUCAUGUUUUCUGCUUUCUUGCCUUUAACAGAGCUUAUAAUUGCUGCAGAUGUCAGCUGAUCAAUAUGCAUUCAGUUUGCAUUUAUUCAUUAACUUAAUUCUAUUUAUUUCAGCACAUUGACAAAGUAUCAGUGGAGUGGAGUCAUCAGUGGAGCCUCAGCAUCUGUAGAGCAAGUGUAACAUCAGAAGCUGGCACUGUGAUCAUUUUGAUUUUGUCUCAGUUUCAUCAGUAGUUAAGUUCAAGUGUUUGAUAAAUAUAAUGAAUGAUCCCCAGAUGUAACCACUGCACUGAAAAAACAGCUAGUUUUUUUGUAACAAUGUUUUUUUCUUUUGUGUUUUUGCAACUAUUCAUCCACAAAUAGGUUUUAUCUUUUUUUUUUCUACCUUAAGAUGAGUAAUCAUCAUAAGUUGCAUUUUAAGAAUCUAUGCAUGUUUUAAGUUUUUGUGAGUGCAUGAUUAGGUCUGUUAAUGUUUUGUGUUAAAGGGCACAGAAGUUCCUGGAUUUAUUUGUUUAGCAUUGACAUUCAGUUCAAAGUUGUGAAUUAUUAAUUCAGACAUGCAUUUGUGGAAUGUAUGUGGAAGAUCUGUGUGUAAAAAAAUAAUAAUAAUAAAUGGAGGAAUUGUA